UUGACAAACGUGACAUGUCUCUGGAACACAUCUUUCGUGGGGAUUAUUACCAAUAACCCUUAACUUUACCAUCGGUGUUAGUGAUUGAAUAUCGUUGGUGGGUUAUUACCCGGAUUUAGCAAUUGUCUUUUUCUUACUUAGAUGCCUUCAAUGUUUUGGAACCUUUGUUUUAACUUGUACGAGAUGGUGAUUCCCUAUAUCUAACUGUUUGGAUUACAGCCUGGAUUACGAAAGAAUUCAAACGAGUUUUGAGGAAAAUCAAAAGACAUCACGCGUAUGCGAAAAAUAAAGGAAUCAGGCUUCUCUUUCGUCAGUUACAGGCACACUAAAGCUUACUGUGUAGUUAACCAGGGGAAGAAUCCGCCAUGGAGGAACAGAACUAUGCCAACAAGAUAAAGGAAACCUAUGGUGAAAAGGACAAGUUUAGGAAGAGUGAAUCUUAUGGCGCGAUUACUAUAGAUUAUGAUUCCCUUGCAAUCGAAGGUGAUGGACGGAAGACAUGUGGCUGUUUCCCCUCUUGGUUCAAGAUGGAACUCAAGCAGGUGUUUGACCUCGCUUGGUCCAUGGUCAUCGUCACACUGUUCUCAAAUCUGAUGGCGCCAAUUUCAAUAGCAUUUGUAGGGAACUGGCUCGGCCCGACCGAGCUUGGAGGGGUGGCAAUAGCAAAUACUCUUAUCAACGUCACCGGGACCUGCAUAGGGAUUGGCCUCUCUACAGCUUGCGACACAGUAUUCUCACAAGCGUACGGAAGUCCCAACAAGAAAAAAGUAGGAGUUUAUUUACAAAGAGGUAUCUAUGUCAUAUCACUCUACCUGUUUCCAUGUUGGGCCAUCCACCUCAAUGCUGAGACUAUACUGGUGGCAGUAGGUCAGGAGAGAGAAAUUGCCAAAAUAGCAGCAGAAUACAUCCUUUAUUUCAUGCCUGGCUUACUAUUUCUCUUCCUGAACCAAGUUUUGGUGAAGUACUUAAGAAACCAGAACGUUCUUUACCCAACCAUUUUAACUGGAGCCUCUGGAACACUGGUGAAUGCCUUAAUGCACUACCUUUUGAUCAGCCAGGCAGGACUUGGCAUAACGGGCUCGGCCAUCGCUCAAGUCCUCGGCUUCUUCUUCAUGUUCGCCACUACUCUCUUCUACACGAUAGCCUUUAAGAAAUACAAAGAAACCUGGGGUGGUUGGUCAGUAGACGGCUUCCAAGAGUGGGGUGCACUGAACAAGCUGGCAGCUUCAGGAAUGCUCAUGUUAUCACUGCAGUGGUGGGGCUUCGAGGUCGGAACCCUGCUCUCUGGAGUACUAGGAGAGGUCCAGUUGGCUGCACAGUCCGUGCUUUUUCAGAUAGAGACCAUUGUAUACAUGCUUCCAGUUGGUAUAGGUAUCGCCUGCAACAUCCGAGUUGGACACCUUCUUGGAGCAAACAAUCCGAGACAAGCGAAACGAGCGGCAAUCAUUGGAUAUUUCUGUUUUUGGACGACUGGCGUGGUUGUUGCCAUUCUCCUUCUGGUCCUGAAAGAUUACAUCCCAAGAAUAUUCAGCAACGAUGAGACUAUUCUUGAGACAGCAUCAAGUUAUAUGCCAAUUCUUGCUUUAUACAGUCUUGUCGAUGGCACUUCGGGAACGUCAUCUGGUAUCCUGAGAGGAGCUGGCCGCCAGAUCGUAGCCGCAGCUAUCAUCUUCCUCGGGAUGUACUGUGUAGGCCUUCCAGUAGGUCUACCACUCAUGUUCAUGACAGAUUUGCAGACUGCAGGAUUCUGGUGGGGUAUUGUCGCUGGAAAAUGUGUUGAAAAUGUCAUCUACAUCACGACUGUUCUAAGGACGGACUGGGAGGAGGAGGCGAAUCAGGCUCAGAUUCGUGCAGGAAUGACUGACUUCCUCUACGAUGAUGACAAACUUGUCGAGUCCUCCACUUCCUUCGAAUCAUCUAUUUCAUCCGAGGUGGAGACAGAUCUCGACAAUGACGAGACCGUGGGUCUGAUGGUGAAAAAGCGGAGAAAACGGAGCGCUAUCUCGUUUUCGUCUCGGACGGGCCCGGCCCUGCGACAGAAGAAAUACUGCGGUCAAUAUAGCUGCAGCCAGAUAGAUAUCGCACAGUUAGAUGAAGAAUACACAGAAAAGCUCACAUCAGAGGAACUGCUUUGCAGGCGUGGUUUGACUCUCUUGGCCAUGCUUAUGAUACUAGGACUUGGCCUAUUUUGUCGGUUUGUGUUUGUGGUGUCUACCCCGAUGGACAGUUCGCUCCAUCAGCUAUGUGUGCUUUGGAAUAUAACCUGGAAUUCUACAGUGUUUCCUGUAAAUAAUAAUAGCGUCAUAUUAGGAAACACCACCUAUCCUAUUUGCAAUGAGACUCUGACACUUCUUUGAGAGUUAUCGCACCGAACCCAAACAACUUUAGCUUAUGCAUCUUAUUGUAUUGCCGGAUUCAAAGGCAAGCAAAUACAAGCGUAAUGGUUGCAAGGUGUAACUUGCUAUUGAAUAAGGCAGAAUCUUUCAUAACAUGAUUUUCUGCUCCUGGUGGGAAGCACAUCCUUUGCGUGAUAACUCUAACAUUGGUGGGUUACUCAAUCACUGUGAUAGAUAUCCACAUUGGCAAGUUUCAGUACAUCUCUGUACAACCAACUGUACUUCUUUGAUAAUACAACAACUUCCGCAACAAAUUCCACAGUUUGUUACUUUUCUGUCUUCGAUUUUUUAUUGCCUCUAUUGUCCCUCUGGGUCAUCCUGUUAUACCCCUCAAUGUGAAUACUAAUUAACUCACUCAAUAAGGUCACUCUGAGUGUUUGGCUCACCUCUGGUGAAAUCGUUGAGAUGUCGGAAAAGGCUUCCUACUAAUUUCUGUUCUUGAGCCUGUGACUAAAACCA